AUGAGAGGAUCCCCCCUGUUCCUCUGCCUCUUCUCCACGUCCUGCUGGGUGAAUUUGAUGCCGACAGCUGUGGACAAAAUCCUCCACUUUGGAGCCUGCAGGGUUUCCAUGAGCAUGGCAGAGAUCAGGGCUGGCUUCUCAGCAAUCAGAGCCGAUAUUCAAUCCAGAGACCCCAUCCGGACCCUGAGCAUCCUGUCCCACCCUCACUCUCUCCACAAGGUUAAGUCUUCAGACAGAUGCUGCAUCACUCAUCAGCUCUUCACCUUCUACGUGGACAAAGUUUUCAAGCACUGCACGACCGAGGACUUGUUUGUGAACAGGAAAAUCAGCAGCAUUGCCAACUCCUUCCUCAGCGCCAGGAGGAAGCUGGGGCAGUGCCGUGAGCAGAAUAAUUGCGCGUGUGGGGAGGAAUCCAGGGAGAAAUUCAAGCAAAUUCUUGCAAACUACGAAGCGCUGAAUGUUACAACUGCAGCCAUGAAAUCCCUGGGGGAGCUGGACAUCCUCCUGGACUGGAUGGAGAAAUCUCGUUAG